UCAUGGGCAAGGCCUGGCACCUGGGAAUGUGCCGAUUCCCCCAAGCAAGAUUCCCGAUGUUUGCGUAUUUCGUUGAGAACAAGCUUUUGAUGUUUAAGGACUCUCUCAGUAACGCCCGGUACGUCGGAAGGGCUCGCGACGCAGAAAAAAUUGCCUUGGCAGGUCACACUAUCGACCGGGAGUUCCAGUUUAUGCUUAGACAUUCGCGGAACGGGCCAGGGCGUGCUGUGUUGUCUCACCAGGGGAGUGUCUUUACCCAACGAAGAGGACAUUCAUCUCUCGCACCAUCCGAAAGAACAUCUGGCCAAAAGCGCAAACGGCAGCGGAUUCGCGGAACUGGCAUCACUGAUGGAGAUGUGGGUGCUACUCAAGCUGAUCCACGAGAAUUGGACACUGUUAUUGAAGCAGACGAGUGCGAAUCAAGCUGCUUGGCUGCUACAAUGGCAGAAGGCACCGUCAUCAGUGAUGUGAGUGCUGAAACUCGGACUUCGCAUGGGGAAGGCUCGUCUCCAGCGCGUUCCCAAAGGGCAACUUCGCCGGCACCUGCCCGCUUCAUCGGUAUAUUUAGUUCUGCUUUCGAUAUGGCACCAGCUUCCUGCCUCAAUGAUGUCAACCCGUUCGGGCAGCAGACCAGCAGAACUGGCGGCGAUGGAUACAUCGAUGAUCGAGCACCCGAUUUUGCGCAGUGGAACUUACCGCCUGUUGCCCAUGAAGUCAUAUUGGGCUCGGAAGGAGCUGUAAUUCAGCCCGUGAUGCCGUCCCUGCCAGCUGCAGAAGCAUCUACCCCUAAUCCUGAGGGUCCGACUGAGCCUUCCCCAUGGAGCUCGCGUCGUGGAAGUCCUGAUAGUCAAGAUUCCGAAAGUUGUGAUGAGACUAGUGGAUCUGAUGCAGAUGUUAAGACUCUGUUUUUGAUGAUGGUAGCCAUGAUGAAGAAGAUAGGGCUGGCGUUACAUGUGAUGCGGAUAUUGCACCUCAUGGCCACCGGCAAUCCGAGACUGAGUCACCCACACUCGAUUUACCGCUUAUUGUCCGUGAAUCGAUGAAUUUAGCAAAUGAUGUGCAAGCGAUUGAGCACCAGGAGGUAAGGAGGAGAUGCGGAUCGGAUAACGAUGUGCGCGCUACUGAAACGGUUGCAGCUACCGGGGCUACGAGCGAAAGUGUUGAUUGUGCUGCGAGUACACCAGCCCGACAAAGGCGGGAAACAACUACCCCUAUUCCUGGCGGUCCGAGUGAGCCUUCAGCAUCGCGCUCCCGUCGAGACAGUCCCCUGCCUCCGACUCCAGUACCGCCGAGAUCGGAGUUACCGGUUUACCCAUCAGACGCGGCCGACGAUAAAUCAGGUGGAUCGGCUGAGACAGCUACGACUUCGACCGACAAUUGUGCAGCUACCCCUAUUUCUGGCGGUCGAGGUUGCUCACAGCCUCCGCCUCCAGUACGUGCUGUGAGUCAAGAUUCCGAAAGUAGUGAAGAGGCUAGCGGAUCUGAUGCAGACGGUGAUGAGGCUACGACCUAUGGUUAUAUCAAAAACUUGGAUGCUCAAACGAAAGUUGCGUGGAGUGGAAUUCGCCGAGAACUGACCCAGGCAAAGCAGCAGAGUAACCAGCUGAACAAGAAAGUCGGGGAGCUUGAAAAGGAGGUCAAGAGCCUGAAAACGGGAAAUGCCAACUUGCACACUGAGUUUGAAAAACUUAAUAAACGAUUCAACGAUUUCGAGCGCUCUUCCAAUUAGUAAGUGUAAAAAGCAGCUGUUGUUGUGCAAGAAUGAUCGGAUUCAGAUGAUUUUGUGAUGAUUGAGAAAUCACGUACAUAUUUUGUUUGAACUUCUACGAUCAGAGUUGGUUAGUGCUACAGCUUGUCUAGCUUUUUGCGUACAUAUUGUUGUUGCCUUUAGUCAAAAAGUGACUUGUCUGAUAGUUAAGAAAGA